AUGAAAGAACUCUCUCCAAAACAGCAGAAAGGUCUGGAAGAUGACGGUCCAUCCAGUUCUACAGCUGAUGGAGAAGCCCACUCUGCAAAGGCAAAGCCCAAGGAGAGCGCCUCAAAGAGACUGUGUGUGAAACUAAUACACAUUUUGUUCUCCCCUUAUGUUGCUUGGCUUCUCGUGGCUCUCUUCAUGGGGGUGUUCUAUACACAGGCAGAAUUCAUGACCAUUUUUAAGGAACUGGAGGAGGCCAAGAGGGAACUGGAUAACUUACUGAAAGAUCACACAUCUCUGUCUGAGGAAAAUACAGACCUGCAGAGGCAACUUGAUCUGAUCAAGAACAAUCUGGAAGACGUAAUGAGUGAUCACAUCUCUCUGUCUGGAGAAAAGAAAGACCUGCAGAAUCAGCUCAAUCAGAUUCAGAUGGACUGGGAGGACUUGAAGAAUGAGUACACAUCUAUCUCAGAUGAAAAGACUAACAUCCAGACUGAGCUCCAUCAGACUGAGAAGGAGCUGGAAAACUUGAAGGACAAACAUGAAACUCUCUCUGAAGAAAAGACAGAACUUAAGCAUCAGUUAAAUCAAACCCGGGCAAGCUGGGAGGAUGUACAAAACCUAUACUCGGCUCUCCUGAGAGAAAAGUCCAACAUCCAGACAGAACUUCACCUUCUACAGGUUUCAAAGAACAAGAGCUGUGCAGAUGACUGGGAAUACUUCAGUGGGAAAUGCUACUUCUUCUCCUAUGAUUGGCUGAACUGGACUGAGAGCAGGGAUGCAUGUGUGACAUUGGGAGGUCAUCUGACCAUCAUAGAGACCGAGGAGGAACAGGCGUUCUUGCGUCAGACUGGUGGAGGUUACUGGAUUGGCCUGAGUGACCUCUUAAAAGAGGGUGAUUGGCGCUGGAUGGACAACACAGCCCUCAGAGACCCAAGAUUCUGGGAAGAUGGUCAGCCAGAGGAUGAUGAAGAUUAUGAUGACAACCUGGAUGAGGAAGAGGACUGUGUUAUAAUUACGUGGGACAAUAAAGGCUGGGAUGAUGUCUCGUGCAAAGGACGCUAUAAAAGAAUCUGUGAAAGUAAAGCAGUAUACUGAUUGUACAGUACAGUAUGUGCAGAUUACUCAUUGAUUAUAGACGACAGGAAUGUGUAUUACACAGAACUAUGGGUCAUUGUGAAUUGUGAAUGUGAGACUUUCAGAGGGCAGAGAGCAGCAUUGGAGCUUCAAUACAUUCUGUCAUCAACCACUGUCAUUCUACUGUCACUUGUACCAAAACAAAUUGAUUCCCUACCUCUGGUAACCCGUACUUCAUUUUUUAUACAGUCACGCUUUUGUAAAUAAUACUGCGAGUGUUACAUGUUCUCAUUAAAUAAAACUGAUAUCACUCA